ACGCGCUCCUGAACCCACUAAAAUGGCGGUGGCUGUAAGAACUCUACAAGAUCAGCUCGAAAAGGCGAAAGAAAGCCUUAAAAAUGUGGAUGAAAACAUUCGCAAAUUAACGGGGAGGGAUCCUAACGAACUCAGACCUGGCCAGGCCAGAAGACUACCCAUCGCAGGGCUUGGUGGAGGUAGGGGGCGUGGCAUUAAUUUGCUGAGGCGCGGGCUCUCGGACAGCGGAGGAGGACCCCCGGCAAAGCAGAGGGACAUCGAAGGGGCACUCCUCAGGUUGGCCGGAGACCAGCGAGCGCGGAGAGAUUCGCGCCAUGACAGCGACGCAGACGAUGACGAUGACGUCAAAAAGCCAGCGUUGCAGUCAUCCGUUGUUGCUACCUCCAAAGAGCGAACGCGUCGGGACCUGAUUCAAGAUCAAACCAUGGACGAAAAGGGAAAGCAAAGGAAUCGACGCAUGUUCGGCCUGUUGAUGGGUACUCUUCAGAAGUUCAAACAGGAGUCCACAGUGGCCACAGAGAAGGAAAAAAGGCGUCAGGAGAUCGAACAAAAGCUUGAAGUCCAAGCAGAGCAAGAGCGAAAGAAGGUGGAGAGUGAGAGGCGAGAGCUCUUCGAGGAGAGGCGGGCAAAGCAGACUGAGCUGAGGCUGCUGGAGCAGAAAGUGGAGCUCGCUCAGCUGCAAGAAGAGUGGAACGUUCACAACGCCAAAAUAAUCAAGUACAUCCGCACGAAAACAAAGCCACCGAUUUUCUACAUCCCUGGGCGGAUGUGCUCAGCCACCCAUAAGCUCUUGGAGGAGUCUCAGAAAAAAAUGAAAGCCAUGUUCGAGGAGAGGCAGGCGGAGUUUGCCGAGCAGUUGAACAAGAUGGAGGCGCGGCCCAGGCGCCAGUCCAUGCGGGACAGAGAGCAAGAGGCCAAUCAGAGUGAAGAGCCGAAGCAGGAAGAGCAGGCGGAGGGUAAGCCAAGCGGGCAGGAGGCGGAGACAGGUAACCGGGAGGAUGUGGAGAUGGAGGAGGCGGGGGAGGAGGUGAGUGUAGCUCAGAGUGACGGGGAGCAGGCGGAGGAGGAGGAGGAGGAGGAGGAGCAGCGAGUGGGGCAGGAGCAGGCGCGGCAGGCGGAGGCCAGCAAGGAAGACGAGGAGGAUGAGGAGGAAGAGGAUGUAGGGCAAGCGGAGGGCAGGGAGGUGGAAGAGCGGGUGGCCGCCGUGGAGGCUGGGCGUACCGAGCGGGAGCAGCCGGGAGACGGGGGUUUGCAAGUGGAGGAGGCGACAGGGAGAGGGCAGGAGAGUCCAGAGGAGGUAGAGAUGGAGGUAGGUAAUGACGGGAGGGAGUCAGGAGAGACAGAGGGAGGGAAGGAGCCCCCGGCAGACCCGAGGCAGGAGUCCGCAGUGGAAUCCGAAGGUCAGGAGAAUGGCAUCGAGGCCCAGUCCUCCACCAGCAAGCAGCAGCAGCCCCCUGAGGCCAUGGAGACGGAGCCUGGCGCUGAAGUUAGGGUUGCCCCAGCCUCCGAGACCCAGUCCCUGCAGGAGGGUUCUGGUGCCGAGCGACCGGUGCCGACCGAGGCAGCCCAUCCAGAGCGGGAGUCCCAGCCACAGCCCGAUGCCAAGCCCAAGGCGGCUGGCGUCCCGGGAGAGGGGCGGGGCAGGGGCACAGUCCGUGACAGGAAGAAGAGCCGGAGCAGCAGCAGUUCCUCCUCUAGCUCAUCCUCCAGCUCCUCGGGCUCCUCCUCCAGCGGCUCCUCCAGCUCCGGCAGCAGCUCCAGCUCCAGCACCUCCUCCAGCAGCCGGAGCCGAAGUCGCGGUGCUGGCCGUGACCGCGACCGGGACAGGAAGCGCCGGAGGCGGCCCUCCGAGAGGGACCGCGAGCGGAAACGAGGCGGGGCAAGUGGUGAGAGGGGCCACAAAUCAUCCAAAGGCGGCAGCCGAGACGCCAAGAGCUCCAAGUCUGACAGGAAGCGAUCCCUCUCAGGAGGGAGCCGAUCAGGGCAAAGGUCCUCACGAAGUGAGAGGGAUCACAAAUCAGACAGGAAAGACAAGAGGCGUUAAGUUCUUCCCCAGCCCCUUAAAAAGAGAAGCCAUGUUUCCAGGAAAGGAUUGAACAUGGACUUUGAAGUGAAGUUUGCUCUGCAGAAAGGGUAAACUUCCGUCUAAAGCGUCACUGAUGUCUCAGACUCAAACACAUUGUCGGUCGCUGGAGGGGCAAUUGGAUGUUGCCAUUUCCAGGUUUAGAUAAUUCAACAUGGCUUCCACGUGUUCCUGUUAAACUGUUUUUAGAGUCGGACUGAAAUUGCCAUCUACAACAGCUCUUGAGACGUGAGUCCAUCACUUUUUUUCAGGAGGGGCAAGGGGUUUUCCAAUAACGCAAACUGCGUGUCAAAACAAUUGUCAUGCUGGAGUUGCAAGGAGCAAAACUGUCCUGUCUUCUGUAUAAGCCUUGUUUUAUUUUUUUUUUAUAUUGUACUGCUUUUAAGGUGAUAAUGUUAAUUGUUAAUUAAUUCUGCCAUCUGUGUGUCGGGCCUGGUUAAUCGGAGCAGUGUCGCAUGAUUUCUGAUCACCUACGUCUCGGCGGGGAGAUCCAGCCAUUCAGAUUAGUUAAAAAGAGCUCAAGGAGGAGAACCUGUCUGCGUCAACCUUUUAAAUGUAAGCAUUUCUGGUUUUCUCAUCGACUGUGUGGACAGGUUGUAAUUUGUCGCAGUCGCGUGUACAUGCCACGUCCAUGUUUAAUUUUAGUUCCGUUUGCUCUCUGAGAUGGUCAAGCAUCUCGGAACCCUGUGUGUGGAGGCAGUGCUUUUGGGAAAUUGCUGAAU